ACAAUCAAAUCCCCAAAAGAUCUCUGGUACACUUUCCGUUAUAAAACCUACGGAUCCUCAUAUAACAAACCCAUCAAAUCCAAAUUCCUAAUCAUUUAAUCCAAGCUGCCCAGUUGUCAACACCCUCACCUCCAGCUCAUACCCAGUUCCCUGGUUGGUUGGCGCUCAUCUAACACUUCUUUGUCUGCCACUGCUCUUUUAAAAAGUUUCACGUCAUAAAUCAUUAUCAUCCUAACAGGAUCUGAUAAAAAAUUUCCCACCUCUUAAUGCAAAUCACAGGAAGGGAGCAUAGGCCAGGCUUUUGAGGUUCCCAAUACCCCAAGGAACCUUCUCAUAUCUGAGGAUCCAGCACCCAUCUCCUAGAUCAGCGUAUCACAUCUUCUGGAUAUCUUCACCUUGUAUCCUUCCAACCAGGCCGAGUGAUAUAUUUGUCGGGUGAGAUAUCUAGGUCUUGGGCUUUUGAUACCGAAGAUAUUUCUGUGUUCGGAAGAUGGCCUAUAAGGCAGAUGAUGACUAUGAUUAUUUGUUCAAGGUGGUUCUGAUCGGAGAUUCUGGGGUGGGGAAGUCCAAUCUUCUGUCCAGAUUUACUAGAAAUGAAUUUAGCCUGGAGUCGAAGUCUACCAUCGGUGUGGAGUUUGCAACAAGGAGCAUCAGUGUUGAUGGAAAGAUGAUCAAGGCUCAGAUAUGGGACACUGCUGGUCAAGAAAGGUACAGGGCAAUUACUAGUGCAUAUUAUCGUGGAGCUGUUGGUGCAUUACUGGUUUAUGAUAUUACCCGACAUGUUACCUUUGAAAAUGUAGAGAGGUGGCUCAAAGAACUUCGUGAUCACACUGAACACAAUAUUGUGGUGAUGUUGGUGGGUAACAAGUCUGACUUACGCCAUUUGAGGGCGCUUUCCACUGAAGAUGCCCAGACAUUUGCUGAACGAGAAGGUCUUUACUUCAUAGAAACAUCUGCUCUGGAAUCGACAAAUGUGGAAAAUGCCUUCAAACAGGUACUUACUCAAAUCUACAGGGUUGUGAGUAAGAAAGCUCUGGAUGCUUCAGAAGAUAGUGCAGCUGUCCCAUCACAAGGGCAGUCUAUAAAUGUCAAGGAUGAUGUAACAGCUACCAAAAAAGCUGGUUGUUGUAGCACAUAAGCAACCAAUCUCAAAUUCAGAUCUUUGUCCAGUGCAGGCAAUAUUCCAUAACUUGUUUUAAGUGCAAAAUACCUGGCUAUUUUGUGGAAUUAUUUUAUUGAUAUAAGCCGGCUGACAUUUGGUAAGAAUUAAGAAUAUAAGCCGGUUGACAUUUGGUAAGAAUUAAGAGGCUCCAGCUUUAAAAUUACUAGCAUCUAGGUUGAUGUUAGAGUGAAGAGAAGAAUGUAGGUUAUGAUGAAUGAUUUGAGUCGUAUGUCUUACUAUUGGCAUAUUGUCAAGAACCCUUCUCAAUCCCAUUGCCGAGUGUUCUGUAGUCCGUGGCUUUUAUUUUAUAUGCCAUCAUUUGUAUCUGUUAAUUCAUUUCUUUUCCCAUCGUGGGAAACUGAUUUUUUGAUC